AUGGCGGCCAUUGAAGAGUCUGAUGAUGUCAGGUUGGUGGGAGGAGUCAGUCGCUGUGCAGGAACACUGGAGCUGAAUCAGCGGGGACUCUGGAGACCAGUGGAGGGAUCAUACUGGACCCUGAAGGCAGCAGCAGACUCUGUCAGGCUGGUGAAUGGGACCAGUCUGUGCUCAGGCAGACUGGAGGUGAAGUCUAACCGGAGGUGGUCCUCAGUGUGUGAAGCUGACUUUGACCAGCAGGAUGCAGAGGUGGUCUGCAGGGAGCUUGGCUGUGGGGCUCCUUCAGUCCUCCAGGGGGCGCUCUAUGAAGAAGUGGAGGCUCCAAUGUGGACCAAAGAGUUCCAGUGUGGAGGCCAUGAGUCUGCUCUCCUGGACUGUAGAAGCUCAGGCUCAGAUAGAAACACCUGCUCACCUGGCAAAGCUGUUGGACUCACCUGCUCAGAGCCUGUCAGGUUGACAGGAGGACAAGGUCGCUGUGCAGGAACACUGGAGGUCAAAGAUCAGAGAGACUGGAGACCGGUGAGUAUCGUCCACUAUCCGUGGACCCUGAAGGACACAGCUGUGAUCUGUGGACAGUUGGACUGUGGCUCCGCUGUGACUGUCGACUGGAUGAAGGCAUACUUUGGCAGGUCUGUGUGGAAGAUCAGGCCUGAGUGUGCCCAGUCUGGAUCUGCUCUGAGGGAGUGUUUAACAUUAGAUUACUCCAGCCAUGUCAUGGAUAUCACCUGCUCAGACCUGCUGCUUCGGCCAAACAUCUCUGUGUCCUCCUCCAUGGACGGGGUCUCCAAGGACCAGCAGCAGGGGUUUCAGGUGUUCAGAGGCUCCGCCUUCACCAUCAGCUGCUCCAUCCAGCCACAGUACCCAGGAGGCUCCUUCCAGCUCACCUUCACCUCCUCCAACUCAGCACACAACUACACCCAGCCAGCUGUCAAUCACUCCGCCCACUUCCUGUUUCCUGCUGCAGAGCCCUCCCACCAAGGAAACUACAGCUGUGUUUAUCAUGUCCAUGUUUUGUCUCAUAACUUCUCCUCUGAGAGCCGUCUGCUCUCCGUCACCGUCCCAGAUCCAGCACCUUUUAUCAUCAGAGCCGUCCUGCUGCUGACUCUGCUGUUGGUGAACAUGGUCCUUUGCCUUCACUGUAAGGCCAGCAGGGGGCAGACAGUGGGCAGACAGGAGAACACUGAGCUGGAUGAUUAUAACCUGGGUGUUCCUGCAGCUGAAGAGGAAGGAGCUCAGGGAGCAGAGUAGGAACCUCCUAGGAGUUCAGCUCACCUCCACCAAAGAGCAUGGAUACCAAGAGGCGAAGCUCAAUAGAACGCCCCAUAGCAACAGACUCGCCCAUGGUUUCAUCCUACCGCCGCCAUUUUGGACUGUCAGCAGACCGCAGCAGACCCGCUUGCAUACAAAAACACACAGACAAACUGAAUUAUAUCGCUAUUAAUUAUGCUUACAAUGCUACUCACCUCGUGAUAGCUUGGUCACAGCUGCUUUUUCACGUUUUUGUAAAGCAAAUAUAGACUUUAAAAAAAACAAAACGAGGAAAAACGGCCUAGAUGGCAUCUCUACAUAUUACAUCCACUUA